GGGAGGGAACAUGAAUUUAAAAUAGGACCGCCUAAUUCGGCUGCUAAAUCAAUGUAAGGAGCUCCGUAGGUCUGUGUGUGCGGGAGGGAGAGGGAGAGACAGACAGGGAGAGAGGAGCAGAGGGAGGGAGGGAGGGAGGGAGGGAAGAGGGAGGGAGAGCAACGUGCCUUUCACAGAGCUGGGAGCUUGAUGGGAAUGUUUGAUUAGCUCCUCUCUGAAAGAGAAAAGGUGUCCAGGCCUCCCUCUGCUGCCUGCCUCUCCUUCUGUAGAAUAAUGUUGGCUGGAGUUUGGGGUACAGAAAAACUUGGAAAAAAUAGCACUUUCAUACUGUGUGGAGAAAAGGAAUAAAAAGUUGCACACCUCAAGCAAGUGCUCCUUAGUGACACAUCCAGAUUUUGCUUUACUCGCCAUGAAGGCCACAGUCAUUGCAACCUUCUUUGGCAUGUCUCUCAUAUGUACAUAUGCAGCUAAGGAAGCCACAAAGAAGAUGAAAAAGGCUAAGCUAUAUUUUGCACUCACAGAUGUACCCCAGAUCGAUUGUGAUGUCAAGGCGGGGAAGAUAAUCAAUCCAGAAUUCAUUGCAAAAUGCCCUCCUGGAUGUCAAGAUGUAAAAUACCGUGUUUAUGGCACAGACAUCUAUGCUUCCUUUUCCAGUGUGUGCAAUGCUGCAAUUCACAGUGGUAUAAUUGACAACACAGGUGGGAAGAUCCUCGUCCAGAAAGUCGCCGGCCACUCCGGUUACCGCGGGAGCUUCUCCAACGGGGUCCGGUCCCUGUCACUGCCACGCUGGAGGGAGUCCUUCCUCGUGUCAGAGGGCAAGCCAAGAAAAGGUGUGACAUAUCCAUCAACUCUUGAAUAUUCUUCUCCGAAAAGCACAGCUGUUAAAUCAGAGCCUAAAAAGCUAGAGCAAGACCUAAAAGCUACAAAGAGUGCAGAUACCGCUAACGCGUCAGAAAAAGCAUCGGAACAAGGCGAUGCAGUCCGCAAAGAGCAUCAGACAUCUCCAGUGCUGACACCAGCUACACAAAUGGCCACCACAACCCCAACACCAAUGACCACGACAACAGAUCCUUCCACCACAACGCCAAAGCCAGCCACAACACCUGCGACUAUCAGAACCACAACAGUUGCAGCUGCAUCCAAGACUAGACCUGGACUGCAUAGGGUCAGAGAUAUAGGUUCUAGCAGUGUCCACCCAGCAUACUCAUCUGUGGUAGCUGCAGCAUCAAGACAGGUUCAGGCUGCACAAGGAAGAGGACAGAAUACAGCAUUCAGGGGCACUUCCACCUCUGCAAGUAACAGGAAUAUUUUACGACCCAAUACAGAUCACACAGGUAUUCAGCGCCAAGAGCCUGUUGCCACCUUCCAGAGGGCUGCCGGCUCUCCAGCCCACCUGGCAAUGGAAACAGACUCGUGGAAACCUGGAUUGAGUCUUUUUGACACAGGCUUCAGUUCAAAGGAAGAAUUGAAUCCAAAGCCGCUGGAGUCCACCUCCCAGGGGAACCCAAAUUGCAAGGUUGAUUUGUCCUUUUUGAUGGAUGGGAGCUGGAGCAUCGGUAAACGCCGCUUUCAGCUCCAGAAGCACUUCCUUGGUAACGUGGCUCAAGCCCUUGGCAUCGGCAGCACUGGUCCUCUGAUGGGCAUCGUUCAGUACGGCGAUGACCCUUCCACAGAAUUUAACUUAAAAACUUAUGCCAACUCCAAGGACCUGAGAAACGCCAUUGAGAAAAUCCCACAGAAAGGUGGACUUUCCAACGUUGGGAAGGCACUUUCCUUUGUUAACAAAAACUUCUUUUCGGAUGCAAAUGGAAACCGAGGUGGAGCACCCAAUGUAGUUGUAGUGAUUGUGGAUGGUUGGCCAACCGACCGAGUGGAGGAGGCCUCCAGGCUGGCCAGAGAAUCAGGGAUCAACAUUUUCUUUGUCACUAUUGAAGCAGCUGCUGAAAGUGAGAAGCAGAACAUCAUCGAACCAAACUUUGUGGACAAGGCAGUGUGCAGGACAAAUGGUUUCUAUUCCAUCAACGUGCCCAGCUGGUUCAGCCUACACAAGGUGGUCCAGCCCUUGGUGAAGCGUGUCUGCGACACUGAUCGGCUGGUUUGCAGCAAGACCUGCCUCAAUUCAGCUGACAUCGGUUUCGUAAUCGAUGGCUCCAGCAGCGUUGGCACCAGCAACUUCCGCACAGUCCUCCAGUUUGUAGCCAACAUCAGCAAGGAGUUUGAGAUCUCUGACACUGACACCCGCAUCGGAGCCGUUCAGUACACCUAUGAGCAAAGGCUCGAGUUCAGCUUUGACAAGUACAGCACGAAGCAGGAUGUGCUGAGUGCUAUUAAAAGGAUCAGUUACUGGAGUGGCGGGACCAGCACAGGAGCAGCCAUCAGCUAUGCAUCAGAACAGCUGUUCAGCAAAUCCAAACCCAACAAAAGAAAGAUCAUGAUUCUCAUUACAGAUGGCAGGUCUUAUGAUGAUGUCAGAGUGCCGGCCAUGGCAGCUCACCGAAACGGAGUUAUAGCUUACUCCGUUGGAGUUGCUUGGGCAGCCCAAGAUGAACUGGAAGCCAUCGCAACAGACCCCGAUAAGGAGCAUUCCUUCUUCGUGGAUGAAUUUGACAACCUCUACCGCUUUGUUAAUCAGCUCAUCCAAAAUAUUUGCACAGAAUUUAAUUCCCAGCCACGGAAUUGAUGAACUUGAGCAAGGCAGGACCCUUGGGCACCAUGCUGAAGGCACGCCAAGUGCCACAGGAGUAAUGCCAGCCCUCAGUUCAAGAAAUACUGGAGGUGUUUUUCUCUGGCACUUUCCAGUCAGCAAGGCUGAUUGCAGCUCUGUCCCUAUGCAUGAUAAAAGCUCUGUGUAGAUGGGUUUUUUUUUGUUAUUUCCUUGCAGGCUUCAGAAACUCUGAUUUAGAUGGGUAGCAAAAGAGGCAGUAAACAUGGAGGAAAUAACUGGAGCUGUUUGAAAAGCUGCUUCCAGUAUAGAGCCCUGGCUUGUCUGAUUCCCACCUUUGGGCACACACAAGCUCCUUAAAAUGUACCACCUGCUUCCUGAAGUGGCCAGGUCCCUUCGGGGAGCAGCCAUGCUGUUCAGCUGCUGUGGCAGAAGCACCUCCAUGUGGCAUUGCCCACCAGAUGACACCCAGGUCAGGGCUGAAAUACCAGAUGCUUUUCUGGGGGGGUCACACAACUCAAAUUUGAGUACCUUCUUAAAAGCAGGCACUCUCUCCAUAAAGCUGUCUUGCCAGCAAGUUAAGCUUCAGCUACUGUAAACUCAAGCAUUGAGAUUUAUCCAAACCCAGAGACUGGAAAGCAAGUCAGAGGAAAGAGUCAAGCUGUGGGACCCUACAACUGUUUGUCAAGCCCAAUAAAGCCCCAAAUCCACAAAGCAGCCAACACGCAUGAACUGGAAUCUCGUCUCCUACAGUACGGCAUUAAUAUUUGAUUCUGAGAAGUGUCUUGUCCCCUUAGCUCUCUUGCUCCGCUCUUGUGAGGCUCAAGGCCUGCAGGACCACAGGAGAGCUCCCAGGAGGAAGAGACUCUUUGAGAAAAGCUGUGGGUUUAAGUUGCUUGCAAUCAGAAAAGCAUUUGAUACCGAUCACUCUAUCGUUAAACCACAGCUCAGAAUAGCUUACAGCAGUCUCUAGUGUGAGGAGAGCUAUUCAAGAGCCAUUAACAGGAUUUAAGAGGGAAUUAUCUGAAGUUCUGUAUUACACACCAGCAAAAGCAGCAUUUCCAGCAUUCACAGAUACACUCUCCCAAAUUUGGGAUUGAUUUCUGUUUUAAGGAUUGAUUUCAAAAUGAACCAACUACAGUCCCGGAUUAUUCAAAACACAGUUGUUUCUUAAGUGAAGAACUAGCCGUAUCACUAGUCAGUAGGAGAGUAGUGACACAUUAAUUGGAAAUAUUACUGAAGUAGCUAAAAAAUUACCAAUUAAGUAAGCAUAAUGCAAACUAACGAGAACAGCAGAUUCUGCAUGAUCUACCUGGUGUGGUAACAUAAGCCAGGCUGGGGUCCUCUCAAGAGGCUAUCGAAACCAAUCCUGGAUGAAACAGUUUUACACAGAGAAGGUUCAGAUUUUCCUCUCAGAACAAACAUGCAGUUCCAGCUUUAACAUCAUCAAUAUAAUAAUCAAUCAAUAUAAUAAUGCUACCCAGACAGAAGAUGCAGGGCACCGACAGCUUCCAAAAAAAGCAAAACAAAGACAUAAAUUAUAUUUGUAUGCAGAGUUUUUAACACUAAUCUCUGCUGCUGCACUUCCACAGCAAUAGCCUCUUGGCUUGAAAAAAGUAAAGAUUAAGGAUAGAGAGUUAGGUAGAAGCACAGCAACCCCCGAUACUCCCAUCUCCUGACCCACCUCCCUCACUACCAUUCUGCUGAAAGCACUGUUCUCCGUCAACAAGGGACAUUACAUGGGCUGGACAAAACUCAAACGCAUAAACUGAAUUUACUGGGGACUUCAGUUCAGACACCAGAUUUACUGUCCGAAGACCUGUUUGCUUGGGGUUUAAUUUGGGGCUAGCUAAGAAAAAGGCCUACAUCUUAACUAUUAGCUACUCUUAAUAUUGUGGUUUAAUUUUUAAUGCAAUGGCUUACCACCACAUAUUGUUUUCCAUACUGGCCGUACUCUUGCAGCACAGAAGACUGGUACUCUGCAGAGACUCCCCAAUGUUUUGCUUGUGCUCUGCUGAAAGCACAGCACAGCCAGCCAGACAUUAGGAACAGUUAAAGCCACAUGUGUCUUUAGGAUAUGCAUUUUAAUUUCCUCCAGAAGCUUAAAGUUCAAGCAAUGACAGUGACCUUUCAAAUGCUCUUUCAGAGGGAAGUUGCACAGAUAUCCUCUGUGUCAAGCAUUUAGAAAGGGCACUUCAUGGUCUGUUGCUUAAAUGGUUUUAUCUUAAGGCUAAAGAACAAUGAUGGCACUUGGUUGCCAAUGUGCAUUUUUAUUAACUUCUCAGGAUGAUGUUGAAAUUGUUGGAUCUCAAAGCGUGAAAGAGAUGUAAUGUUUAAUCCGACUCUCCACUAAACUUAGAUGUCCUAUUCAUAAACACUGUAAACUUAAGCGUAAGCCUCGAAACUUGUAAGAAUACACCCUUCCAUUAACAGAACCGAGUGGAUCAGCACAGAACACACUCCUCUUAGCCUUCACCUUUCAUAGCAAUCAAAAUACUUGCCGUCUACUAAAGUCUCUAAAUACUGUUUUAUUAAAAACCAAGAUAACUUACGUAUAAAUCUUCAUAAAUGUUCAAGGGGGGUAUAUUUGUUUGAAGAAAGCAGCAGAACUCCUUCUGUAACAUAUACAAGGUAUUUUGAGCUUAUCAAUACAAGUUGCUGUAUCUUUUGCAAUAAAAUUGUCCCAAAGGCA